AAUAAACCAGUCAGUGUGUGAGAGCUGACAGCCAAACAGAAAGUACUGUGCUUUAAGAUACAUAAAAUUAUAUUUAAAAAUAGGGUAAAAGAUAUUAAAGCGUUUUCAAAGGCGAUGUGACAUGUCUUAGUCUAAACUGGAAGUAAUGCAGAUGGUGAGAAAUAAGGAAUCUGUCUGCUGAAAUGCUCUCUGCUUUGCCGUUGAGAUCACAUGUUCGUGGGUUGAUGUGUUCCUGUCAGCCAUUCAUGCGAAAAAGGGGUAUUCAAGUUCUUCAUUUAAUAAGAACACAUUGAAACAAGAACUCCAAUAACAAUGUCAGGAGACUAUUUCUGGGAGUGUCUCACAGAUUUUUUAAAUAACCUUAUUUUGAUAAGGUGUAUUGGUGCUUAGUGACUGUUGUUGAGGAGCCAGCCAAUCUGAAUCUGAGUUAAAUGAAAGGAAGAUGAAUGUCAGUGACACCUGCAGUAACAGUACAUCGAUACAAGAUUAUCAGCAUCAAAUUUAUGCAGUCUUCUACACACUGAUUCUCAUUCCUGGACUGAUUGGCAAUGUUCUAGCACUUUGGAUUUUUUACGCCUACGUAAAGGAGACAAAGAAGGCCGUGAUAUUCAUGAUCAACCUGGCCAUCGCUGAUCUGCUCCAGGUGUUAUCACUACCCCUGCGCGUUUACUACUACUUGAACAACUCAUGGCCUUUUGGGAAAGCUGCCUGCAUGAUCUGUUUCUAUUUGAAAUAUGUCAAUAUGUACGCUAGCAUCUACUUUCUGGCCUGCAUCAGUCUGAGACGCUGUCGACUCAUUUUCAAGCCGCUGAGCUGUGACAUCAUGAAAGGACAGGACCGCAGAUGGUGUUUUGUCGGAUGGUUCGUUGUCUGUGUUGGAUGUCUGCCAUUUCCUCUUCUACGACAAUCUGAAAGGAAUCCACAAUGUUGCUUCGCCGAACUCCCCAUGAUGCAACUCAAAAAGGAACUAGGAGUGUCUCUUUUGGCAGUCGCAGAAAUGACCGGAUUUCUUCUACCGCUGGCUAUAGUAAUUACCUGUACGUGGUUGACUACAGCAAGUCUUCGAGAGAAAACCUGCCUUUUGCAUGACACUGGGGAAAAACACAAGGCACUCAAGAUGGUGUUAAGCUGUGCUUGCGUAUUCAUGAUUUGUUUUGUGCCCUAUCACAUAACCUUUCCUUUAGACUUUUUGACUAAAUCCAAUUUUAAUAUGAGCGCCACGUUUAAGAAUGCAGUGCUCCAUGUUCAUCCAAUUACCUUGUGUCUAGCAAGUCUAAACUGCUGUCUGGAUCCAGUGAUGUACUACUUUACAACUGAUGAAUUCAAGCGUCGUCUAUCAAGAACCGAACUGCAAGAAAGUUUUCAGUUACACCAAAGAAUAUUUUGCCCGACAAACCCCGAAGUCACAUUUAAACCAAACAGAUAAAGCAAAGAUUGGAGAUCAUGUAUACAGAAUAAGCACAUUAUUUUUAAAAAUCGCCAAUACACUUUCUGUACAACUAAGGAACUACAGUUUUGUAGGCUAAUGUAAUAUUUAUAAAUCACGUACUCUCUCUUUCACACACACAAGGUAUCUUUAUGGGAACUUCACGUAGAUGUUAUGAUUUUUAUUCUGUAUAGACUACCCAACCUUAUCCCUAAACUCAACUCUGACAUGCAAUCUCAGACAUGCAGCCUGACCCCUUACAAAACGACUGCAUUCAUCCUGUGUGACAUGAGCCGUUUCUUCAUGAGGAACAAAACAAUGUUUCUACAAAGUUCACAUUUUCUGGUAUUGCACCAAUUUAGUUUUUAAGAGUUCACACUUAGCUGAUGAUCGAUAAAGCAUAGUUGGCAUGCUGUCCCGGGAGAGAGCCCUGAGCUCGUCAUAUCCUCCCUCCCAUUAAAAGGCAGAGAGGUAGGUCUCGAGAACUCCCCUGCUUGUCGACGUGUGGGAAGUGUAAACUAAGGUUUAUCUUAUAAUGAUAAUAUUUUGGAUUGUUAGAUUGACUAUGGUGUAUGUCUUGGGACGGUGGGAGGAAACCGGAGAACCCGGGGGAAAACCACGCAGACAUCCCAAGUCUCCCAGAAGUUCCGUGAGUUACCCACAAAUGCAUAGAGACUCCCGGAUGCCCGCAAAUAAAUGAUAAUAAUCUCUCGGAAAUUGCGCGUCUCCUGCCCGGUCCUUAAAUACGUUGCACACCCCUCUCUGCCGCAUCCCUCCCAGCUCUUCAGGUACGUCGGCCACAACUCAACCCCACCGCUCUUUAGGUACGUCGCACGCAACUCAUCCCCACUGCUCUUCAGGUACAUCGCACGCACAUGCCUCCACCGUUCUUCAGAUACGUCACGCGCACACGCCCCCACUGCUUUUCUGAUAUGUCCCGCAGUGCAGCCCUAUGGGAAAAAAAAGGGGGGAAGUAGGCGUGGAAGGGGGAAACUUCAAGACGAAGAUACCUGGACCAAAAAGCUCUGGUUAUUUAUAAUGCAUCCGUAAUCAUCUGAUUGGGCAGAUUACAGAGCUAAUGUGGAGCCAGCCGUGUUGAUCGUAAGCAUGUGAUCCUCUCGAAAUUAGUUUAUUAAUAAACCACUUAUUCAAUUCACCUAUAGCGCAUGUGUUUGGACUGUGGGGGAAAUCACAGAUGUUACUCUACAAGAUGACGCAUAGAAAUUACACUUGGACACAUGCCUUUUAAAUAAUAAGCAAAUAAUAUUAAGCCUUCUUCUGUUCAUUUUCACAAAUGACACAUAUUGUAUGUCUGAGAAGAAAGCAUGUUUUCACCAACUUUCUCUUUAUUGAAAGCAUGUUCUUUGUAUUUAUUUUGUAUACAUUUAAAAAAAUAAAUGAAUAGUCAGGUCAGGAUUCUUGUGCUGUCAAAUUAAUAUUUGAACAGUAUGAAUAAAUCUUUGUGUGUAGUUCAGACAAAGUU